AUGGCGCUGUUUUUCGACAAGUACGCGGUGUGCGAGCCGGGGGCCGCGGGAGCUGCAGCAGCAACGGGAGCAGCAGCAGCAGCAGCAGCAGCAGCAGCGGGAAAGGCGAUUCAGGGCGAAGGACUGGAGAGGCUGUCGGGGGACUUGGGCGUGGGACUCGAUGACAUUUUCUUUUUGGUUUUUGCCUUCCACUGCGGCUGCAGAACUCAAGGAGUGAUAACUCGAGAAGACUUUCUGCGGGGGCUGCGGAGCUUAGGUGUAGAUACACUGCAGGGGCUGCAGGGGCUGGUGCAGCAGCAGCAGCAGGCGCCCUACAGGGACCGGCAGCUGCUGCGGCGGGUCUACAGCUUCGCCUUCGUGUACUCGCUGGAGCCGCAGCAGAAGCAGCUCCCCACAGACCUUGCUGUGGCUUACUGGCAGCUGCUGCUGCAGCCGCUGCAGUGGUGUUUGCUGCAGCACUUCCUGCGCUACGUCGAGUGUACGUCCACCUUGCGCAGCAUCAACAAGGACGUCUGGCUCAUGGUCCUCGAGUUCGCCCUCUCCUCCCUCACCUCCGGGCCGCUGGUCCCCUGCAGCAGCAGCAGCAGCAGCAGCAGCAGCAGCAGCGGCAGCGGGCAGGAGGCCGGGGAGCCCAGUGGACCAGUGGACCACUGCGGGGAGGCGCCGGACCAGACCAUUGACCGGAUCCUCGAGGAGUACGAAGACGACGGCGCGUGGCCGCUGCUGAUCGACAACUUCGUGGAGUGGAUGCGGGAGCAGCGCAGCAGCAAGUGA